CCCUCCGCCUCACCCCUUCGCUUCCCCCUCGUUGAUCCACCUACCUUACCAUUAAUCUAUUUGCGCAUACACCCGGCUAAACCACUCACACUCGGACGCACACUCUUUCUCUCACCGCUGCCUUCUUCAACAUGCCCAAGCAGAAGCAGCCCACACCCCAAGAACUCUACUGGGCCCGCAAGGAGCGCGAGGAGGCAGAGAAGAACGCCCGCCUGCCUCCAGGGCUCUUCAACCAUGGCAACACCUGCUUCAUGAACUCCGUCCUCCAGGGCCUUAUCGCAACCCAGUACCUCGCGGAGCUCGUCCGAUUCCAACCCCUGCCUGAGAACGUCCUCCGCACCGCCCAGACCUCGAUCAUCUCGCAGCGAUCGCCCGAGCUCACGAAUGCACACGGCCACGCUGGGAUAUACGAGCAGGCCUAUUCUAAUGAGAUGCCUCUGGGCGACAUAUUUGUUGCGCUCAUGCUCAGGGCGUGGGGCGUGCAAGAGAGGCGGGUGAAGGAGAGCAUGAGUCCCAGGGACGUGCUGCAGCUGCUGGGGCAAAAGUACGACCAAUACCUCGACUUCCGGCAGCAGGAUGCCCACGAGUUUCUGCGCCAGCUGCUCGAUGCGAUGCGCAUGGAGGAGGUCGACGUCAUCAAGAAGCGGCAGCCCCCGCCACAGUCGAAGGGAAAGGGAAAGGCGAGCCAGACUGGCUCGUCCACGACGCCCUCAACGCCCGAGAUCAAGCCGCUCGGGCUGUCAUCGCCCCGCCUCCGCGCCCCGUCCCCUCUGUCGCAAGUCACCACUACCUCGUCCGUCGAGCCCGGGGAUUCAGCUUCCCAUUCUCAGCCGCAGCCUGUCCCUCGACCACCGCCACCACCCCUCCCUUCGGACGCACCCGAACACCAAGGUACAUCCGACGCAUCCCGAAAUAGCCUAUCAGCAUCAACAUCAACAUCAUCGGCGGCAGACGCUAGCUCGCACCCGUCCCAAGACGACCUGGAGCACGACGAAGAAGCAGAAAACCUGAUCCCCUUCGUGGACAUGCUCUUCGGCGGGCGCCUCGCGAGCAUCCUCGUCUGCCAGACGUGCAAGCACGUCUCGCACGUGUACGAGGACUUCAACGACCUCAGUCUCUCGCUCAAGCCGGAGGACUACGUGCGCGAGCGCAAGCGCGAUCGGUUCAAGCAGCUCGCGAAGAAGCUGAGGCAUAUCUCUGGCAGCGCGCUUGGCGUUGGAUCGUCUUCUUUGGCUUCUGCCGCUGUGAUUGGGACUGGCAACGGGGCUGCGGGCGCGACACCCGGUCCCGGUCCUGGUUUUGCUUCAGGUGCGGCACCGGGGUCGGAGCUAGAGCCGAUAGCGUCGGGGCCCCGUACACCGGUACUAUCGAUGCCCCUUCCGAUUACACUCUCGGCUCCGCGGUCGUCGUCCGUGCCUGCGACGCCCAGUAGGGGCGACGCGCUGGAUAGCCCCGAGGGUGCGCUCGAGGAUAGUGCGCCGCGGCGGAAGAGCGUGGACUUGUCGGUCGUCGAUGUCCCUCUGGGGAGCGACGACGAGCGGGCACCGUCGCCCCCGCCACGGCGGCUGCCUCCGCCGCUCAGAUCGGCGAGUCUCGCUGCAGGGAUGACGCCUGUUACGAUGUCGCCAUCGCCGCGCGGGAGAGCGGGGGCGGAGGGUGGAGGUGGGAUUUUGUUCUCGCCGCCUGGACUAGGGGUUCCGUCGGAUAAAGAUGUGCAUGUUGGGUUUGAUCUGCCGAGCGGCGGCGCUGUUGCACCGCGGGACAAGGAGAAAGAGAAGAAACCCAAGGACAAGGACAAGGAUAAAGAUAAGGAUAAGGAUAAAGAGGACGACGGCUGGUCGCGCUUCGGCCGGCGCAUCAGCGUCUCGAUGAAGCGCCGCCCGCGCCAGACGGACAAGGACAAGGACCACAAAGACAAGAAAUCGUCGCGCGAUCGCGACCGCAGCCACGACGCGAACGGCGGCAGGCGGGGCAGCAGCGUGACGUCGACGCCGCUCCUCGGGCCGCAGCGGGAGGAGACGGACGAGGAGUGGGCGCAGUUCUCGCCCAUCCCCGGGCCUGCUGCGCCCCUUCGAGCUCUAGCGGAUGGUACGAUCUCUCCGGACGGGCUGAGGUCCCCCGAGCUGCAUGUGCGUGUGGACCCGCCGAGUGUGGCGGCGGUGAGCGAUAGGUUGCAGGCGAAGCUGGUGGCUGCUAGCCCGGGCUAUGGGAAUGUUAAUGCCAAUGGCACCGGACCAUCGCCAUCGCCCGCGCUGUCGCCGUCGCCCGCGCCCUCUGGCCCAUCGACACCGCGAUUCCCGCUGCUCGGCCGGCCCGAGACGCCGGCGAAGCAGUCAUCGAAGCGGCACGAGAGGCACAAGAUGAGCGCGGGGGAGGCUGCGUAUCUGCGCGAUAUUCUGGCGGACGUGCCGGCGCCCGGGCAUGGGUUUUCGUUCUUUGGGAAGCAUCAUCAUCAUUUACACCAUCACCACCAUCAUCAUCAUCAUCACUCGGGGACUCCAGAAGGUGGCGGCGGGUCUGACUCCAGUGGCGGGGCGGAAGGGGGUGGAGGCGGGGGAAAGGCGAGCGCGGUGCCGGGGUUUAGCAGUGCGGGUGCGAAUCUGUUUCUCAAGGCGGGCGCGGGCGGGCAUGUUAGUGGGAUUGAGGAGUGUUUGAGGUUGUUUACGGGCGUGGAGGUGUUGGAUGGGGAGAAUAAGGUGGGGUGUCAUCGGUGUUGGAAGAUCGCGAAUGGGAGCUAUAGGCCGAGGACGAGGGAGAGGAUGGAUGAGGAUUCGUGUUCGGAUAGUGAGGAGGAGCGCGAGAGGGAGAGGGAAAGGGAAAGAAGAAGGGAGGAUGAUACGAGGGCGAGGCUGAGGGAGAAGGAAAGAGAAAGGGAGAGGGAACACCAAAGAGCGAGGGAGAAGGCGGGUACAACUGCGAUGGCUAUCAGCGCGAACGGGCGGGGAGGUGGGACCGCGAACGUGAACAGGUCGCCUGGGGCGCUGACGGCGAGCUCGCGAUCGAGCUCGACGUCUUCCCUGCUCGCCACAACGGAGGGCGGCACAACCGUGACCAGCACCACGACGCUCCCUCAGUCCGAACUUGCAGCUACGCCCAGCCCCGUGUCUUCCAAGGACCUUACCACCCCACGGCCGUCCCGGAUCGAAAGCGCGCCCUCCUCUCCCUCCCCACCAAUGCACAUCCCGCUCCCCAUCCCGACCAUCUCGACCACCGCGCCCGAAUCGCCCGGCUUGCUCGAACUGCCUCCCGGCGUAGAUGCAGGCGAUGGCGAUGGCCCACCGACCGCGCGUCCAGCGCCGUUCGCGCGCAGCGACACCCACACGUCGCUGCAGUCGCUCGCGUCCUCCGUGUCGAGCGCGUCGUCCAGGCUCAGCGCACCGCGCGUCCGCCGGCGAACCGUGAGCUCCGGCGAGAGCGAGAGCGAGGCGGAGAGCGAGACGUCUGCGAGCGCGAGCGGGUACUCGGACGUGAGCGCGGUCGCGUCGCCGAGCGCGUCGAGGGAGGACUUGACGCCGCAUCCGUCGAUGCGGUUUUUUGGGCGGGACGGUGACGGUAAUGUGGGACCGCCGGCGCCGGUGUCGACGCUUUCUACGGGCACGGUGCGCGCGUCGGAGGUCAACGGAGAGCGCUUCUAUCCCCGUAGCAAGGGCAGUAGCGACGGGCAUGCCCGCGCCCACGCGCCCGCGCCGGUACCGCGCAUCCCGCGCUCGAAGCAGGUGAUCAUGCGCGCGGCGUACAAGCGCUACCUGAUCGCGACGCCGCCGCCGGUGCUCGUCGUGCACCUGAAGCGCUUCCAGCAGAUCGCCAAGAGUCCGUCGCCGUUUGCAUCGUUUGCGAGCGGGUUCAAGAAGCUCGAUGAGUUUGUUGCGUUUCCGGAGCAUCUUGAUCUCGCGCCGUAUCUUGCACCGAGGAAGGAGGCAUAUGGGCCUGCUGCUGGUGUCGGAGGGAAUGGCAACGGGAAGGAGAAGGAGAAGGAGCAGAUGAGGGGGCGGGGCGGGAAGGGCGCGAGGGAGCGGUGCAUGUAUCGGCUGUAUGCGGUUGUGGUGCAUAUUGGGAAUAUGUUAGGUGGGCACUACAUCGCAUACACGGCCCUCCCGCCCUCGGAGAGCAACGGCAGCGGCAGCGGCAAGUUAGUCUCUGCCAGUUCCAGCAGCGAUGCAGUCAGUGAAAGCACCAGCGAGCCGGCGGUGUCUUCAGCAUCGACACCAGCGACGCAGCCGCAACCGAAGGUGCAGAAACGGCAGUGGGCAUAUAUCAGCGACACAACCGUGCGGCUAGCCUCGCUCGAGGAGGUGCUGAAGAGCAAGGCGUACCUGUGCAUGUAUGAGCGGAUUUGAUGUCCCGUCGAACUCGAUGUUGUAUUCUCUUACCUUUACUCCGCUUCGUUCUUAUUUCGUUCUAAUGUUGGAGUUUUCCCUUUUCGCUUGGACUCGGCGUCGCAGUAGUAUGGACAGUUACCUAGAUUUUGUAGCUUAUCGCAUUUGGAUGGACCCUGUUAUUUGUCUUUUGGCUGGUCGUACAGCGCGGUUUCUUACAUAGUAUUAAUUGUUCUUGUUGUAGGCUUGGAUGUAACCUAUAUCCCAAUUCAUUGUAGAAAGCAUGUAAAGUAAUACUGGCACUGUUACUGCGUAACCAACUUGUCGGUAGCAUCCACUAUUUCACAGCUUGACGUAGAGAUCCACAGGCCUUCGAAAACCGCCCUCGCCCGUCGCACCGAGGUGCCUCGCCUCGUCAAACCCGAGUCCACGCAGCAUCUUGCCAAAGUCCUCCGGCUUGCACUGCAGGCCCCUGGCGUUCUCGCGCAGCGUCGCGUCCAUCUUGCGCGCCUUGGCGUACGUGUCCCACGGCUGCGGCUCGACGACGAACGUUCCGCCCGUCCGCAGGGCAGCGUGAACGCGGGCGAAGAACCGGCGCAGGCCGGCGUCGCCGGCGUUGAGGUGGAUCCAUUUGGUUAUCGAGAAAGCGAGAAUGAUGUCGUAUGGUCCUGCUGCGUCCUCUGGGAUGUCGUCCUGCACCCAGUCCGCGGUGCGGAAGGUGACGUUGAAUGGGAACGUCCUUGUGUGUGCAGUUGGACAACCUGCUUCGCUUACAUCGUCGGAGGACUUUAUGCUCGGAUUUGGAAUGGGGAGAGGUCCGUGCAUGUGCUCGCACGACGCGGGGAAGAAGCCGACCACGUCCAGGAUGUCUGGCUCGGGUGCUGGCGGUUCCUUCUGCUUCUUUGCGCGUUUCUUCGGCCUGUCGUGACCAUUUUCACCUGAAGCCGCAUUGUAUGACGGCGCCGAUGAAGCGACAGCAUCAGGUGGUGCUUGAAGAGACCAGACUGUCCUCCGCCGUCUCCAGGCAGCACGGAUGAGCGAGUCGUCGAUAUCGACCCCUACGACUUCGGACGCGCCAAAAGUCUGAGCAAUCUCGCAGGUGACCCACCCCUCGUUGCAGCCUACGUCGAGCACGCGUUUACCCGUGAAGAAGUCCUGCGGGAGGAGCGCAAGACGCGGAUCGCGGUGCGAAGGUCGCUUUGAGUAGUACCCAUGAUAGUUGCCG